GGGACAAAAGAGUCUAUCAAAGUAACCUUUCGUCCUGUUUCACCACUUCGGCUUGUUCAGUAUCAGUUUACAGAUUUUAUAUCUUUUGAACACAUAAAAUGCCAGUUAACGAUGGAACCGAGUCGUCGAAAGAAACACCCGAGGACACGGGCGACACAGAAAAAGCCGUCGAGGAAGAGGCGACUGCUGCAACAUCUGCAGUAAAGGUUGAACCAAGCACUGAAGUUUUUGCUGAUCCAAAUGAGCCCCUUGGAGAAAUAGUUGUAGAUGAUAUUGAUGCUGUGGAAUUAGAUUUGAAUUAUCAGAGGAUAGGGGAGAUAAAAAAGGGCGAAUUGGAAAAAUUGAAAUGCCUUGAAAAUUUAUAUUUGAGGUGGAAUCUUAUUAAAAAGAUUGAAAAUCUUGAAUCGCUCGUUAAUCUCACGGAGCUUGAAUUGUAUGGAAAUCAAAUAACAAAAAUUGAAGGUCUUGAAACACUUGUUAACCUCGAGAAUUUGGACCUGUCUUUCAACAGGAUCACAGAAAUUAACGGGAUUCACACACUCGUCAAUUUAAGAAAGCUAUUCCUGUCGAGCAAUAAAAUUUCUCAAAUUCAAAAUUUGGGCCAUCUUAAGAAGCUUCAACUUUUAGAAUUAGGAAAUAAUAAAAUCAGGGUAAUUGAAAAUUUAGAAGGGCUUGAUUCUCUGGAAAGCCUUUUCCUCGGGAAAAACAAAAUAAGCAAAAUCAAUAACUUGGGCCACUUAUCAAAUUUGAAACUUCUCAGCAUACAGUGCAACAGGCUCGUCAAAAUUGAAAACCUGGAUAAUCUGACUGAACUGCAAGAGCUUUAUCUCUCGGAGAAUGGUAUUGAGGUGAUAGAAGGUUUAGAAAAUAACAAGUUCUUAGAUACUCUAGAUUUGGCCACAAAUCGAAUCAGUGCUAUUGACAACUUAUCUCAUCUGGCGCAACUCCAAGAGCUAUGGUUAAAUAAAAACAAAAUAUCAGAUUGGGCUUGUGUACAAAAGUUAAACGUGAACAAGUCAUUGUCCACAAUCUACCUGGAAGCUAAUCCAGUCGCCAAAGACCCAAAUUAUCGCAGGAAAAUAAAACUCGUAGUCCCUUGGAUUAAGCAAAUUGAUGCUACUCUGGCUAAAUAAAAUUCUACAUGUUGAUCUUAGAAUUAUUUCAUUAUAUAAAAAAUUAAUCUAUGCUGAUGCUAUUUUAGUAAUUAAUUAUUGUUCUGUAUUUCUGUUUUUAUUAUUGCCUUGGUCUUUGAGGAGGGAUAUUUCGUUUUCCAUUAUUGAUUUUUUUUUUUUUUAAUUUGAUAUUUUGCCUUAUAUUUCAUGUGAUGUUCUUACUUG